AUGGCUUCGGCUCACCUGUCACCAUACACCUCAAGUGUGUUCCCAAUUCCCACCAUCCCUAAGGAUUCUUCUAAUCCCGCGUUUCCGCUUACAAUACCCUUAUACUCUACUAACAAUAUUUCAAGGACAAUGGGGGUGCGAAAAGAGUCUGGGUUUGUUGAAGUUCGAAAUAAUAUCCUUGAAAAUGGGGCUGGUUCGGAUACGUCGCGAUCUCUCCCACGCGUCGUAUUUAGUGCCCAUUUUUCUCCACAAAGAGCUCUCUCGCCCAGUGAGUUUUCAUUGAGUCCUGCAUCAUAUAGUUCAGCAGAGGAAGAAAUGAUCGUACACGAACAAGAACAGAAUGCCAUAACCACGCUCGCAUCCUUGGCCAUCGUGGCCAGGAAUAUGCAACACCAAUCUCCCGCGUUUUCGGUUGCUAGCAGCACCGUAUCCAGCCCACCGUCAAGUCCAUCUGCCAGCCCGCGUCGUUCAUCAAGAAAACCUAAACCCAGCAGAAGAUCUAAAGAACAAAUGUUGAGUAAACGACGAUUAUCCGGUCCCGCUACGCGUCUAAGACGACACAAACCUAUCAUAUCCGGAGACGAGGAGAAGGAAGAGUAUUAUCGUGAACGAACUGCAAUAGUACCUGAGAAAUUGGAUGCUCCACAUACGAGGACUCGACGACUUCCUGUAGUCAAUGCAUACGGUGUGGUGGGAUGUGGAGGUUACAAUCCUGCUCUCCCGAAGAACCCAAAUUAUCCUUUGCCUCCGCCGAAAAGCUUCAUCACCUCAAAAUGGACUCCAAGUCAACAUAAAGCGUUCCUUGCCCUAUAUUUGAUGCACGGCAAAGAUUUUCCGCUAAUCGGUCGACUGAUACACAAAACCACGUCCGAGGUGGUAGAAUAUUAUUAUCUGUGCAAGCACUCUUAUCAAUUUAGGUUGGCCAAAAAUAUGAAGAAAGAUUUGGAAGAAUACGAGGAUAAUCUUAAUAAGAUUGAAGCUCAGGUCAAGGGUUUGGCAAAGAUUGCUCAAGGAAAGAAAGGCGGUCGCAAAAAGAAAGUAAUUCGCAGUUGA